AUGCAGAUUGGCGGAUACCUCCGACUCGCUGGUGCGCUGGUGCUUUUGCUUUACCCGAUGAGCAGUCGGAACGCCUUGGAUUUCUUUGUAUCCACAGUAUAUUUCCCGUGCACGACGUGCAAAUGCUGUUUCUGCAUGACAGAAGUCCCACUCAACAAUCUCAGUCAGCAUGACAAGUUUGACGCUCCAAGUUAGCGAAAUUUGUCAUGCAUUUUGUACAUGUACGGGAAAUUUGUAUUGCAUACUUCGACUGCAUGGAGCAUAACGACCAAGAGUCGACGACGCACCGGAUUUUUCGUCAUGUGGCCUGUGGGCAGGACCAGCGAGAUGCUGAUGGCUCGCAGAACGCCCACUCGGAGUACUUCUUUCCGGCGAUCGCCGUUGCGCUCAUGGCGUUGUCUGCGCCGAUCCUCUUCCUGGCGGUGGGGAGUGCGCUACUGCGCUGGAACCUAGGCUCUCUGGCGAGCAACGAAAGACUACUUAGUGCAUGGAGAACAGCGGAGGUGGGCUCCAAAAAUAGACCAGCAGAAAGUGCGGCGGAAAUGCAGAAAAAGAAGUUGCAAUUGGUGGACCACCACAAGGACAACUCAUCAUCUUUUGCAACUGAAACAGGAACAAAAAACGAUGUCACCGCUGCGCAAGUGUCAACAACUCUUUUGGCGCGCAUUGCACAACUUGAGGACUUUUUCGGCUUUGCGUGGGCGCCGUUCCGCAGCGAAUUUUACUGGUGGUGCAUCGUGGUGCUACUCAAGGAUUGCGGCUUUGCACUGUCCGCAAUUCUCUUUCGCGACGGGUACUCGCAAGUCACCUGUGCAACCUCGGUGCUCCUGGUGUACCUCCUCAGCACGCACCUGUUCCGACCCUUUGCCAGCGCGACGGCGAACGCGCAGGAGCUGCUGCUGACCCUCCUCCUCGUGAUUCUGGGGUUCGCCGCGACGGGUGUGGGGCUGGAUUCCGAAGUAAUGUCCACCGGAAUGUCGUCGGCUGCCGGUGGAGGGGAGCAGACAACUACCUUGACGGCGUCGAGUACUGCAUCUUCUACGGGUACUAACAACACCCCAGUUGCUGUUGCGGCCAACAGCAACCAGACAGCAAACACGCAGACCCCGCAGCAAGUACUGGUUGACACGAGUACUAGCGAAAUUGCCACGAAGACCAGCCACACGGUCCUACUCUUCUGGCAGAUCUUGGGCUUGAUUCUGCCCGUCAUGUGCUUCCUGGUUUUGGUGGACGAUCACUUCACUCUUCGGGAGCGAGCCCGUCUGUACUUAUUCCGGCGGAAGCGAAGCAGAUCGGCUGAAGAGGACCAGCCAUCGACGAGACAACAUCGUGUGCGCCAGUUGCUGCAGGAGGUAAACGGAUUCUUCUCGCUGACGAGCAGCACGCCGCAGCAGCACGGGCAGAGAGCGCUGCAACUACAGGAGAUGAAAAAUAAAAAUUGCGAAGAAAUAAACACGAAAAUCACUAAGCAGCAGGGCGUCACUAGCGAUUCCUUGUUGAACAAGAUGCGAGGACCCUUCGCUUCCUGUGAAGAAGACCAGGCUGCUUUAGAGUCUCUCAACCGGUUCGAUGCAGAAGAACUUGCCCAACUGGAGCGGGCCCUGCUGAUAACCAGACGUGUCGCGAAGGGCAGUUCGGGCGGUUACCGACGAGGGGCACAGAACAACGACAACCUUUUACUGCAGGCUAGAAGUAGCAACGAACGGAAUCAAUAUGACGCGAACAGUCUGCGCGUCCUGCACGGCGUCGCGGGACAGAAAGGCGCUGCGGAACAAAGUCGUCAAUCUGCACAGAAGCGCGACCUGUGGUUCGAUUUGAACAGUGGGACCACGAACAAGCAAGCUCCACCGCAAACCAACGCCGAUGGGCUUGACAAAAUGAACGAGAAAGUCGCGCACGUUCUGCGAAAGAUGUCCACUGCAACUAACAAAAGCGACGCGCUUUCUGAGCAAAUCCGGAACAUGAACGGGCGGUGUGCUGGUGGUCCUGCGGACGAAGAGGACAAGUUGCACACCUGUGCUACCGUCGUGCACGAAGACAAGAUCGGCACGUUGCAGCAAGCAGGCUCGACGUUGCAAGAGGAGAAGAGCUUCAAGGAUGAAAAGCUGCCACGGGAAGGGGGGACUAAUGAAGUUUUGCAGCGACAGGAGGAGGUUGCGGCUGAUGCAGAAGGAUUGAAAAAAAGCGAAGGUCAAAGUGCAGACGAACAUCAGAAGGAAGAUGGCCACAGCGUCAACGGGGAGGAGGAAACCAAAAAGUAA